AUGGUGAACCGAACCAUAGAUGUACUCAACGUUGUUUUCAUAAUGGGCAAAAUAGACUUGUCUUCUGAAGGGAAAUAUUUGACUGUCCUAAUUGGCUCUCUCGUCUACUUAUUUACACUGUUCAGUAACCUGUCUUUGCUUGCGGUUAUAGUUUUCAACAGAAAUCUACACGGGCCUAUGUAUCUGUUCCUUCUCAACUUAUCCAUCAAUGACUUGAUCGGUAUCAGCGCCAUGAUUCCAAGGGUCAUGUCAGAUGUAUUGUCUGAAGAUAGGCACAUCACUUACCCAGCAUGCUUGAUUCAGGCUUUCUGUAUUCAUAUGUAUGGUGGAGCGACACUUCUCAUAUUGUCUAUCAUGUCGUUUGAUCGCUACAUAGCUAUCUGCCAUCCACUAAGGUACCACUCCAUCAUGACUAAGAACACUGUUGUAAGUCUCAUUGCCUCUGCUUGGCUGAUUGACUUUCUACUGGUUGGGAUCCUGUUCGGGCUCACGUUGCGUUUCCCUGUUUGUAAAACAGUUAUUGUGAACAUCUAUUGUGACAACAUCUCCCUGUUAAGACUGACCUGUGCAACAGAAACCACAGUGAACAACGUCUAUGGCUUAUUUAUCACGGGUGUACUCCAUGGGGGAGGGGCUUUUUCUGUGGUCUUCUCCUACUCAUUCAUUCUAUUCACAUGCUUUAGAGGUAGGGACUCUGAUGCCAAGCUAAAGGCCUUGCAUACAUGUGCCACACACCUGCUUGUCUUUCUAAUCUAUGAGUUCUCAGGUAUCAUUGUUGUCCUUGUGUAUCGAAUACCAAACACUCCUCUCCUACUUCAGACAUUUGCAGGAAUGAUAUUUGUCAUAUUUCCUCCAGGUCUGAACCCAGUAAUAUAUGGUAUCAAAACUAAAAAGAUUAGAGUGAAAUUACUUCAGCUUUUCUCCAUGGCCAAUGGUUCAGUUAGAGUAGUAAAAGUCAAUAGUGUAACUUAA